AUGGAUGUCAAGUACAAGAAGAAGUCGGCAAGCACCAUCAGAUCUCGUCUUAACCGUUCCAAGAGAAAUAAGAUUGACCGACCCGACCGCCACUUACCAAAUGCUCGAGCUGCAAAGCUGGCUGAGCUCACCCAGAAGUACGGUUUACCUCCAGAAUCUAAAUUUCUAUUCCUCAAGAAAGGGCGUGUGUUUGGGAAGCCUCGCCUCAGUCUAGAAUAUGGAACUGUGGUCUGUCUCGAUGCCGAUACCUGCGACCUUCUACUUGUUGUACGAUUUGUCGAAAGGAACAACGCAAGCGAUGCUGUUUUUGACUCGUACAAUCAUUCGAUCAGCACUAUCUACCAGCAUGCCAAAGCACGGAACGAAGUGAAAACCAACGGAGCUACUUAUCGGGGAAGGAGAAGCUCUCGCAAGUUCGGUCGGAUGUAUGCCGCUGGCUUUCGGCCAGGAUAUGAUCCUGAGGUCAAAGGAGGUCACUAUACGUGGAAUCAAGCAACAUCUGCUGACCUGCGCAAGAUGGAGGCUGAUUUGAAAAGACAAGGCAAUCUUCCCGAAAUCGAAUCAUUCAUGGCAGAAAGAUUUAGCGGCCUAUCACUCCACGCAUUUGAGUCCAAUGCGUCAAUUGCUGCUCGAACCAAUGCGCCUUCUUGGGCAAGCGAGUCUUUUUAUGUCUCUCCCAACGCAAAGGUCUUUGGCUCCAACAUUGUUGUUACUUGUGAUCAGUUUGUUAAUAAAAAGCAUAAGGAUAAAGACUGUUCAAAAUACGUGUUCGGCUUGUUUGGCUUGGUCGAUCGAGCAUCUGGACGUCUAUACCAGCGAGGCAAAACAGCACCAAGGGGGACGAUCAUGGGGGGUCGAUUUGUCCUCAAUGACUAUAAUGUAGACGUUAAUCUAGAAGCAUCAGAUGGAGUUAUCGAGAUGAUAUGGAACUCGCAAGUCCACCAUCAAACAACGGCGUCGAAGACUUUCAACGCCGAUGCGAUGCAAGUCGCGCCAGAAGAUGCUGAGAUCACUCGUUUUGGAUGUGCUUGUCAGAUCUCUCAGGCACUGGUGAAUCGAUUGGAUAAUGUUAAGGCCUUGCGAUCAGAGAUGUCGGAAGAAGACUGGGUCACUCACCAAUCUUCUGUAUUAACUGGCUAUAAAGAACAGGCCCAUAAAAAAAUGAAAGCGCUCGCUCUCAAGUUGGGUAUCUGGCAAGACGAUUUCUAG